AGUUUAGGUUUGACAGCAGAUGUUUUCGUUGAUUGAAGGUUUACAAUAAGGUUUCAAUCACGUGGCUGUCCCUGUGAAGGCUUUGGUUCAUGCAACCCAACCCACCAUUAGCAGAAUGGCGUGGCAGGGAUGAUGAGAGGCGUAACCCUGAACUAUAUAGCUGACAGACAGUGCAAAAGUUAUGGCACGGUCCUCUUCGAAGGUAAAGGUCCUUCUGCGUCGACUUUUGAGAAAGCACGACGUCCCACAGCAACAUAUUUUUCUGAACGGAACUGGAUGGCACGCGCACCCCUGUACGAACUAGGUCGGUCGCAGAUAAGUUUUUUUUUUUAUUGACCAUUAAAGACUGUCCAGGUGCUGGAGAAUUAAGGUAUGAGGCUCAUCUGGAAGCAGCUAUAGAUUUUAACUCCUUUGACACAACCUGAGGAUGACGUCUAUAUAGGACCUUUGGCAUCUCCCUGCUGUAUCAACUUCUCAAUCCAAUCAUGCUACCUAAAGACCACAACAGUGAAGCCAAGGCAGCCAAGAUCAGCCUGUUCCAAGGGGGUGCUGUCAAGGAGAAGGAGAAGAAGACCCAGUACGUGGACCCUCCAGAUGGAGGCUGGGGCUGGAUGGUGGUGCUGCACUGCUUCCUGGUCAACGUGCUGGUGAUGGGGACCUUGAAGACCUUCGGCCUCUUCUUUGUGGCAUUCCAGGAUGAGUUUGGAGGUUCGGCAGAGAGCAUCAGCUGGAUUGGCUCAAUCACGUCCAGUCUACGGCUCUCCGCAGCUCCCCUGGCGUCUGUUUCCUGUGCCAAGCUGGGGACUAGAGCCACCUCCAUAGCUGGGGCAGUGCUGGUCAGUGGAGGGUUUCUCACCAGCAUCUUUGCCUCCAGUGUGACCUUUCUCUACAUCAGCAUGGGACUGAUUGUGGGUCUUGGUUUUGCCCUGCUGUACCAAGCUACCUCUGUCAUCAUUGCAAUGUACUUCCGAAAACGACUGGCGACGGCAUAUGCCAUUGGACGCUCUGGGAUGGGUUUGACCUUUGCCCUGGCACCCUUCACUCAGCUGCUCCUGGAGCAGUAUGCAUGGCAAGGAACUCUGCUCAUCUUAGGGGGCCUCAUGCUGAACCUGGUAGCCACCGGGAUGCUGCUCCGACCCAUCCACAUCCGGCCUUCCACCAUCUCGCCCUCCUCCUCCUCCUCCGCCAAGAAAAGCCCCUCCGUCUCCCCCAGGAGCCCGGAGAAGGACCACACCAAGAACGGACACGCCAACGGCGCCUCCACACCCUUAACCAACGGCUUUGCCAAAGCGGACCCCUCCUCUCCCUCCCCUCCCCUGCCAUCCCAUCACUGGGAGAAGGAGAUCUCGGAGAAAUCCCCCCUCGGCCCUGGAACCCAGGGCCCCCCACAAAAUCCUGAACUGACCCGGCUGGUUGUGAACGGCUUGAACGGGCACGACUCUGGCGUGGGGGGGAAGGGGCGGAGCCUCGACGACUUGGCGGAGACCAACGGAAGCCUGAACGGCUCGGUGGCCAUUGGGUUCUCGCCGCAUGCCAGCGCUCCCUGCGAACUUCCCGUCGCAGAGGCCAAAGUUUUGGACUUCUCGCUCUUGAAGGACCCUUUCUUCUGCAUCUACACCUGGUCUCUGGUCUUCAGCCAGCUGGCCUAUUUCAUCCCUUACUUCCACCUGUCGGCGCGAGCCAGGAACCUGGGCAUCGAUGCCAUGGAUGCGUCCUUCAUCAUCUCAGUAGCAGGUAUCACAGAGACCAUAGCCCAGCUGGGGUCUGGCUGGCUGGCGGACAGGAACCUGUUCCACAAGUACCACUACCACAAGGCCUACCUUAUCCUCUGUGGGGUGGUGAACCUGUUCUCGCCCCUGGCCGACUCCUUCAUCCUGCUCAUGGUUUACGCCGUCUUCUUCGCCAUCUUCUGCGGAGGCUACAUGGCACUGCUGCUGCCCGUCCUGGUGGACCUGGUGGGCCAAGAGAAGCUCAACAACUCCAUGGGCUUCUCCAUGUUCUUUGUGGGUCUGGGCUGCCUCACAGGCCCCCCCCUCGCAGGCUUCCUGUAUGACUACACCCAGACGUACGACUGCUCCUUCUACCUGGCGGGCGUCUGCUAUCUCCUGUCCUCCGUCUCUCUGUUCCUGGAGCCCUUGGCGAGGCGCUGGGAGGCCCGCCAGAAACGAGCGUUGGCCCGCCGCGCCGACACGGGCUGGAAGACCAACGGAUGCUUCUGUCCAGAACCUCCUCACAAUGGUGUCACCUCGUCUCCCUAACAGUCCCAAUGCAGUCUUAAACAAAUGCUACGCCAACGUGUGGACCUUGAUGUCCUAUCAACGGUUAGAGAAGGAGCAUCAGAUGGAUAGAGGGGGGAAAUGAGUAUGACCACCAUAGGACAAUGCCUGGUCAUGGAUGUAACAGAGACUUUCAUUUCACCAAAAGGCAAAUGGAUGAAUCCUGCUUGGUAACUUUUGAUCAUAACCCAAACUCACACUUCGUGCUACGCCAUAUAUUUGAUCGUUGAGUACUCUGACGUCGCUUGUCUGGAUGGAGAAUGUUGUUUUCACAGCAAUGAGGAAGGCUUCAACUGCCUCCAGGUAUCAUCUAGGUCCACAGUGUCUUUGUGUACAAUAAUGUAUUUAUACCUGUAUUCUCAUGCACUUUGUGCAGUUUAAAAUCAGCUUAUAUCUCCCAGUCACCAUCCCAAACUGCUGGGCCAAGUAAAAUUUCGAACACAGCACUAUAUGCUGUAAUGUUUUAAAUGAUUCAUGCUCACACAGCUCCAGUUCUUUAAAAGAAUAUUCCUAUUAAUAUCCAGGCUUUAUAGCUUGGAACCUGCUGCAUAGGAGUAAUAUGGCUAUUAAGAUGCACCCAGAAGGUUUGCAUUAACUAUCUAGUUAAGUUUUUGCAAUGGACGUUUUUUUUUGUUUUGGUGCCAUUAUUGAUACUCAUGUAAUUGGUAGUAAGUAGUCCUGACUCACAUCAAAAGAUGCCAAGGUUUGGGGGUUUGUUUGACAAGCAACAAAAACUAUGUUUUUAGUGUAAAACAAAGGAGAGUGGACUUACUUGUACACAGUUGUUUAAAAGCCCUCAAAGCAAUGAAACAACUGUUAUAUGUUAAAUACCAAGAUGUGAUCUGUUUAUAGUUUAUAAGCAGAGAACAUUGAGUCGAUGGGUUUUGUUUUACUGUGUAAACAACUGGACCAAGUGCAUUUGGUUAUUACCCAUGCUGGCUAAUCUAUUCCAUUAGAAUGUUACUUCCCAUAGAAUGAGCUGCAUUAAUGUGGCAUGAGGAUUAAAAGGUUGUGUGCCUCAAUGCAGUCACAUGGGCAAUGCAAUGAGUUUUGAUAUUGUAUGUGUGGGAUUCAAAAGUUUUAAUUUUCAUGUUUAUGUUGUCCAAUGUUUAUUGUGCUAUAGUUUCUUUGUUUAUCACCAGUUUGCCUUAAAUAAUGUACUGUACUAACUUUCCUAUAAUGUGAACCAAAGACACAUUACUCAUUCUUACCUUGAACUUGAUCACUCCCAACUGGGUAAUAUACUAUGUACCACCGCUUGACGAUCCAUUCUUAACCAUCUUAACCAGUGAGUUUUCACUUGAGUUUUCAUCCAAAAUCAAGUGAUGAAUAUUUGUUUUGUUUUACUCUGCCCUCUAGUGGCACUGAAAAGCUUCAACUCCAAGUAUGCUGUCUCAAUUAGUACCAAAUUAUUCCCCCUCAACACACUUUCACAAUGCUCAGUAUAGCUUUUUGUAUUGUUACUCUCAUCCCAUGGCUUAGCAGUUCUAUUCACUUUUAGUACACUAGGAUUGGGGGCUGCUUAAUGUUCUGUUACAUAAAUCUGUAAAAAAAAAAUAUAUACUUGGAUGCUUUAAAGAUAGAAAGGCAGAUUAUAUGUAUUUUGUUAUUGUAUUCUUCAUUGUUUUAUUUGAACAUUAGUGGGGUUGACUGUAAGCAAUUUCCUAUUAAAGCAAUAUUCUGAAUAAUCGUCCUAUCAUUUUGAAGAUGGGUGUAUUCUACAAUGUGCCAAAAGAUACAUUGGUAACAACUGGAAUCAUUUAGGUAUUUGAUGAUAUACUGAGCUGGCAGUGACUGCAUUCAUCGUUAGGAACCGCUACUUUUCUAAAUAUUCUGUUUUUGAUUAAGAAAAAAAAAAAGGAGACAUGCUUAACCAAUCAUAUUCAUAAUAGUCACAGUUCCUGUCAAUUAAACUUGUAGUUCUUUUUGUAUGCCUUUUCACAGACUGCACAAGCAGCUGCAAUAAAGUGACAUGAGAC